UUCACCUUCUUUUUAAAAAAAAAGUUUUACUUUUCUAUUCAUCAUGACUACUAAUAAUAACAAGGAUUAUCAAGUCAAGGGUGUCUUUAACAAGAUGAAGCAAGCUGUUCAUUAUUAUAAUGAGAUGGAAUCCAAAGUUUUGCAAGCUACAAAUAUGGAUGCAUGGGGUGCUCCUUCUUCUCUUAUGCGAAGUCUUGCUCAAGGUACUAUGGAAUCUGAAAAGUUGAAUAUUAUCAUGCCGGCUUUAUAUCGCAGAUUAACAGUGAAGGAAUCAAAACAAUGGUUACAAGUUUACAAAGGUUUGGUGUUGUUGGAAUAUUUACUGAAGUACGGUGAUGAUCAAGUCCUUAGUUAUGCACAAUCCCAUCAAGACGUUUUGAAUUCUUUAAAGACUUUUGAAUAUAUCGACGAAAAGGGACAAGAUAAAGGUGUGAAUGGUAUGUUUCAUCCUAAAGAAAAAAAGAACAAGUGGCUCGGAUGAGUAAAACUCAAAACAUAAUAUGGUGUAACCUGACUACGAUAUACUGAUGGUUUGUUUCUUUCUGAUAUUUUUAGUUCGUAUUCGAUCCAAAACAGU